AUGUCCUCAGCUCCCAGGCGCACCGCGUCUACCUCGUCGAGGCCUGCGCGAUCAGCUGCUCAAGCCGAACUCCCGCAUCGGACGAGAAGCGUGGCGGUUCGACCAUCCAACCACUCCCAGCCCCCUCCUCCCCCGGCCCAAUAUGCGCAUUCCAAGACGGCCUCUCAUGAUCACCGGCCUCCGUCAAACUAUGCCGCAUUUGACGGCGUAGGGCGACCGGACGGAGACGCCAAAGCUCGCCGCGACCGCGACGUUUCCGCCGAGCGACCGGCAACUGCUUGGACCGAGUCCACCCGGCGACAUCAAAGAACAUCCUCCAUGCAGCCGCGUGAAAAUGAGCUGGCUCCAGUCGAUUCGGUGCCAGUGUCCGCGAGCGGACCUCUUGGGCCAACGAGCGCACCAAGCCAGCCCAAGCGGCGCACCACCAUCACCACCCCGACGGGGAAUUGGGCGCUAGGGAAGACAAUCGGUGCAGGUAGCAUGGGCAAAGUGAAGUUGGCCAAAAACAUAGAAACUGGAGAACAGGUUGCCGUCAAGAUCGUCCCUCGCCUGUCGACCGAGGAACACAAGUCCUCGCGCGAGACGGAGCGGGCAGAUCGCUCCAAGGAAAUUCGAACUGCAAGAGAGGCUGCCAUCGUCUCUCUAACCAGCCAUCCAUACAUCUGCGGUAUGCGGGACGUGGUUCGAACUACGUACCACUGGUACAUGCUGUUUGAGUAUGUCAACGGGGGGCAGAUGCUGGACUACAUCAUCUCGCACGGAAAGUUGAAGGAAAAACAGGCCCGGAAGUUUGCUCGCCAAAUUGCCAGUGCGCUGGACUAUUGCCAUCGCAACAGCAUCGUGCAUCGCGACCUCAAAAUCGAGAAUAUCCUCAUCAGCAAGACCGGCGAUAUCAAAAUCAUUGAUUUUGGUCUGAGCAACCUGUUCUCGCCCCGCAGCCUCCUCAAGACCUUCUGUGGCAGUCUGUACUUUGCGGCCCCAGAGUUGCUCCAGGCGAGACAAUACACCGGCCCGGAAGUGGACGUGUGGAGUUUUGGCAUUGUGCUGUAUGUACUCGUGUGCGGAAAGGUUCCAUUUGACGAUCAGAGCAUGCCUCAGCUUCAUGCGAAGAUUAAGAAGGGUGUGGUCGAAUACCCGCCUGGGUUGACUGCUGAAUGUCGACACAUUAUCUCGCGGAUGCUCGUAACAGAUCCGAAGCAGCGAGCCUCCUUGGCUGAGAUCAUAAAUCAUCCCUGGAUGAACAAGGGAUUCAGCGCACCACCAGAAAACUACCUCCCAGCUCGAGAGCCUCUGCAACUCCCCCUGGACCAAGAGGUCAUCGAGAGAAUGACAGGCUUCGACUUUGGAUCUCCGGAUUACAUCAAUGCCCAGCUCACCAAAACGCUGGAAUCUGAAGAGUAUCAGAAUGCGGUAAGGCUGAAUCUCCGCGAACACCCCGUGGCUACUCAGGCCGAGAAGAAACGGGGCGUCUUUGAUUUCUACAAACGGCGAAACUCGGCUGCAAGCCGAGAUACCCUGUCUGCUCCCUCUGCCGAAGCCCUCCAAUUGGGCAAUGACCCGAUUAACGCUUACAGCCCAUUGAUAUCGGUCUAUUAUUUGGUGAAGGAGAAGCUCGAUCGGGAACGGGCUGAGGCUCGCCCAGGUGCUCUCGGUCUCCGCCAACCCGCGAUCGCCAGUGAUGUCAAAAUUCCCGAGCUUGCCCAGCCGGCAGCCGCCUACACGAAUCAGUAUCAGCUACCCGGCGAGAAGGACACCGGUCGUCGCUCUCGUCCCCGUGCUAGAACUCAUGGCGAGGACGAGGUGACCGAGACGCUGAAGAGUCACCAUGUCUCAUCGCCUUCGGCACAUGUCGUUCCGAAUACUAUGCAGCUUGAAGCGCCUUCCUCCAAGAAGGAAAGCACCGCUGCUGGUAUUCUCCGCCGCUUUAGCACGCGGCGGGUCAAAGAUCGUAGCCGCGACCCUGAACGGGAACGUGUGAGCACUCCCAACACUCCCACACUCAAUGUGCAGCCUCCCGCGGACUCUGCAUCUCCGAUCCAUCGCGGCUUCAGUGUCCGUCGCACCCGCCGGCCCGAGCCGUCUCCCGAUUCCGUGACUCCGGCCAGUAGUCAAGCUCAUCAGCCAGACCUGCUGGCUGCUCCGCAGCCCGGUGAUGCCAAGUCCCAGAGCAAUAAAUCCCUCGGCCGGUCUACCAGUGUCAACUCUGCUGAUUACAACGCACGACGGGCGGCCAGAAGGACCGAUGCUGAAACGCUGGACGUUGAUCGUCAACCACCUUCGACGAGUGGCUCCGAUCAGCCUCCACCUGAGAACCGACGAGACCCAGCAGGGACGAAGACAUCGACCCGAGGGCACACAGCACGAACCAUGUCCCUUGGCCACGCCCGCCGGGAAAGUAUCCAGGCGCGCCGGGCUCGGCGUGAAGCCACCCGAGAAGCCAACGUGCCCGAGGAGACGGAUGCCGAUAUCACGGGGGCUGGGACAGCCUUGGAAAGUGCCAACGAAGCAGAGGACCUCUCCAAGCCCGUCUAUCUCAAGGGCCUCUUCAGUGUUUCGACAACCAGCAGCAAACCCCUGCCUGUCAUCCGUGCCGAUAUCAUCCGUGUACUCAAGCAGCUGGCUGUCAAUUACGUGGAGAUCAAGGGUGGAUUCAGCUGUCGACACGCUCCCAGCAUCGAUCUUGAGAAGGUGGUGGACGUCGGUCCGCCCAGCCCUGACCGCCAAGGCCAGGUCACGAUGAUGGCCCGAGACGAUAGUCGAGCAUCACCGCACUCGAAGCUGCAGCGUCGAGCAGCCCAAGGCCAGCCAGACCACAGCUUCACCACAAACUCCGAUGCCUCUGACGAGUAUGUUGCCCGCGAGCCACCCACCAGUGCUUCUUUUGGUGACCGUGUGGUCGGGGAAACGACGACACGCGUGCAGAGUGACACGGGAGAGAAUCUUGUCCUUCGCUUCGAGAUUCUCAUCGUCAAGGUACCCCUGUUCUCCCUGCACGGUAUUCAAUUCAAGAAAGUUUCUGGUGGUAUGUGGCAGUACCGGGAGAUGGCGAAGAAGAUCCUCGAUGCUUUGCGCCUGUGA